AUGAGCAAACGUACCAAACUCAAUAGAUCGAAUGAGAGUUAUUUUAACCUUCAGAGGGACCUCAGACUGUCAGGAACUCCUCGUCCUAUAAAACCCAUAGAAGACAGCAUCGAAAGAACUCAAGAGUAUAAUGAUUUCAUGAAGGAUCUCGAAGAAUUCCAUAAGGCUCACGGCACCCCACUACAAAAGGAGCCAGUUCUCGGAUCCAAAAAAUUAGAUCUGUAUAGAAUAUAUAACAUGGUGAUCGAAAAUGGUGGUUGUGAAAAAAUUUGCCUGGAGAAAUCAUGGAAAAAAAUCUGCGAGCCGUUCAAUUUUCCUGCGACCUGCACCAAUAGUGCUUAUGUGAUGAAGAACGUAUACAUCAAAUUUCUGGAGGCGUAUGAAUUGGAAAAACACUGGGGCAAAAAAGUACCAUACGGCGGUAUUCCACAGAGACCGCAAACAACACCCUCAACUCCCCAGGUUAUCCAGGCGGUCCAAUCUCCUGUCCCUCAAUAUUUAGAAAUGUCUACUCCUCCCUCUCGAAGAAUUGUGCCUCAGGAUAAUGUGCAAGCAAAUUAUUCCGAUCCUGAGACUCCCGUACAAACAUAUAACAAUUAUGAUUCGGGCACUCCUAUUGCAUAUAAUAACCAUGACACGAUGGCAGAUCCGAUAGCAAUACAGACUACCGUUAACGUUUUAAUUUACACUAAGGCUUUCUUCUUGGAGGCGGACACCAUAAUCUCUCAAUUGCCAAAUGAGAUUGACUGGGCAUUUGAAGUAUUGGUACAAUUGUCAGCAGAUGAUACAAUCAACUUUUAUUUAGAUAAAAUUCCGGGAUUAGUUGAUGUCAUUCUUUCGUUCGUGGCUCCUUUUUAUAAGGAUAUAAGAAAGUUUACGGGAACUGAACCUGGCAGUAUGUUGACUAUAGACAGUGAGAAGGACACCGAACUUUUUGUGUCGAGCGUUAAUGAAUUUCUGAGUUUACCGGUGAAAAUUGAACAAUUAUCAAGAGUUCAGCAAAUAUUUCUGAUGUUUAGAAAUCUUUCUUAUACCGAACAUAAUAUGAAAUUUAUGGCUGGAUACAAGCCAUUGCGUAGGUUUCUGGUUGAGGCCCUCUCAUUACCCGAGAUCUCACGAUUAUCUGAACUCAAGCUUCAUUGCCUGGAAACGCUGGCAAAUUUGUGUCGGAUCAUAACAUUGAAAAGCAGUAAAGAAGAACUUGUCAUGAACCUUUCUAAAUUACUCUAUUCUAAAGAUAGCUUGAUCGUUUUAUUAAGCAUCAAUGCAAUGACAAAUUUGGCAGCUAAUGGAAAUAAUGCUGAUCAUUUACAAGAGAUAGAUCCAGUCGCUGUACAACGUUUGGCACAAUUGUUGCUCGUCGACGACGAUGAUGAAUUAAUACUUUCUGUGUUAGAUUGGUUUUAUCAAUAUACCACAUACGAAAACUCUGCAUAUGCGAUAAUUCAGUAUGCACCAAACAACUUCAUACGUCUUCUGAUAAAUUUCCUGCGUUAUGGUGCUAAUGACGAAGACUUUUUACAAGAUCAAAGAACGUCAGCGGAAAGAAAUCCUUAUUAUAUUCGCGGGGAUUUUGAAAAUUAUCCCGAACCUUACCGUACUCAUGAAUGGCUGAAGUUAUAUUACGUUGAAUCCCCUUUCGAUGGUGUUUUACAAACAGACAUUUGGUAUGCGUACCGCGAUCAAUUCAUGAACUCACAUUUCCCGAUGAUGCCGGCCGCUGAAGUCAUCAAACAUGUCAAUCAGGCAUUUCCAGAAUCCAGAAUAAAGCGUAAACCAUUACCAGAAGAAGUAACGCUGAAAAAUCCUACGUAUAAAUGCCGUUGGUUGGGUUGCAGGAUAAAUAACUUUGUAUCAGAGAAUGAAUUAUAUAAUCACGUUAUUAGCGAUCAUAUUAACAAUAGUCCUGAUGCUCGAUACGAAUGCCAUUGGAUGGGAUGUCAUCGAUUUCCUGUCGGAUCGGACAAUCGGUUAGCUGUUAUUGCUCACCUUAAAACACAUUUCCCUGUUAGCCCAGACGAAGGUGAUAACCGAAAACGCAAGGCGAAAUCUCCGAAAAUGAAAGCGUUGAAUAAAUACGGAAAAAACAACGGAAUAAUCACCCAUAGGACAUAUGUUACUUCAGAUAUGAAUGGCGAUGCUAUUGGUAUUCCAUUAACAGCGUCCCUGAUACUUCGAAAUUUAUCCAUCUUCAGAAAAAAUCUUCAUUACUUUGAAGCAUAUGAACAAGAACUAACGGACAUGUUGGCUAAUUGUGUUGGUUUGUCUAAACAUUUGGCUGAGACUUUAAGUAAUUUGAAAUCUGUAUAG